CCGGGUGACAUAAUGUACUACUUUCGGCUAACUACAUCACUUCCGGGUGGAGCGCAUAAAUUUGGGACUACAAGCAGCAGGAUGCUGUCGCUGUCUCGAGCUGUCGUGGCGCGCGCCCCGGCGGCUCUCAGUCAAAGUGGAGUGACGGCCAUCGUCCGAUUCAACAGCACAGCACAGAGUCCUCCUAAAAAGACAACAUUUGGACCUCUGGCAGAUGAGGAUAGAAUUUUCACCAACCUGUACGGCCGUCAUGACUGGAGGUUGAAUGGUGCCUUGAAGCGUGGUGACUGGUACAAGACUAAAGAGAUCCUCCUGAAGGGAGUGGACUGGAUCCUCAAUGAGAUCAAGGUGUCGGGCCUGCGCGGGAGGGGCGGAGCCGGUUUCCCAACUGGGAUGAAGUGGAGUUUUAUGAACAAGCCAAGCGACGGCAGGCCGAAGUAUCUGGUGGUGAAUGCAGACGAGGGUGAGCCCGGCACGUGCAAGGACAGGGAGAUCAUGAGGAACGACCCCCACAAGCUGGUGGAGGGCUGCCUGGUUGCUGGGAGGGCCAUGGGGGCUCGCGCUGCCUACAUCUACAUCCGCGGAGAGUUCUACAACGAGUCGUCCAACCUGCAGGUGGCCAUCAACGAGGCCUACGCAGCGGGGCUCAUCGGCAGGAAUGCCUGUGGCUCGGGCUACGACUUUGAUGUCUUUGUGAUGCGCGGCGCCGGAGCCUACAUCUGCGGCGAGGAGACGGCUCUCAUCGAGUCGCUGGAGGGAAAGCAGGGGAAGCCUCGCCUCAAGCCCCCAUUCCCUGCAGAUGUUGGUGUGUUCGGUUGUCCAACCACUGUGGCCAAUGUGGAGACCGUGUCCGUAGCGCCGACCAUCUGCCGCCGUGGAGGCUCGUGGUUUCUGAGUUUCGGGCGAGAGCGGAACUCGGGCACCAAGCUUUUUAACAUCUCUGGCCAUGUCAACCACCCCUGCACCGUGGAAGAAGAGAUGUCCAUCCCCCUGAAAGAUCUUAUCGAGAGGCACGCAGGAGGCGUCCGCGGUGGUUGGGACAACCUCCUGGCCGUCAUCCCUGGCGGGUCCUCCACACCCCUCAUUCCCAAGAAAGUGUGCGAAGAGGUUCUGAUGGACUUUGACGGCCUGGUCCAGGCUCAGACCGGCUUGGGCACGGCGGCGCUGAUUGUCAUGGACAAAUCCACUGACAUCAUCAGAGCCAUCGCACGUCUGAUUGAGUUCUACAAGCAUGAGAGCUGUGGCCAGUGCACACCCUGCAGAGAAGGGGUGGACUGGAUGAACAAGAUGAUGUGGCGUUUUGUGAGCGGCGAUGCACGUGCAGCGGAGAUCGACAUGAUCUGGGAGAUCAGUAAGCAGAUUGAAGGACACACGAUCUGCGCCCUGGGAGACGGCGCUGCAUGGCCCGUGCAGGGAUUGAUCAGGCACUUCAGGCCCCUAAUGGAAAGCCGAAUUACUGAAUACAAGCAGCAACAGCAGCAGCAGGCGAGCUCUUAAAAUGGCUGCUCCAUCUUCAUCACGACCUGAACCUUGUGCUUGUGUAUUUAAAAAGAAAUAACGUGCAUUGUUUUGUCUCCUUGCCUUGUCUAAUAUGAAAGUAUCAAUAAAAUUCUGUGAAC